AUGGACCGCCUGCGCCCCCCUACUGGAUCGAUACUCCCCGUGGCUGGUGACGGAGCCGUCCAGGGCGUGCGAGCUCCUCGGGCGCUUUCGCGCCUCGGCUCAACCGUCCGUGGAUACUGGGAGAAGCUCCUUGAGCAUCUCCUUAGUUGCUGGCAGUGGAUUUUAUUCACAUAUCAGAUUGACGAGUUGCGUGCGCGACUCGGAAUUCUUGUCGGCACUUGUCUCGCCAUGGCUGCCAUCAUGGGAACAUUCGUAUCGUGGGAGCAUCUUCACGGCAACUUGUUUUCCGUGUUGCCCUGCAUCUUGAGCACCCCGCUCAGCUUUAUUCAAUUAUUAUGGAAGAGGUACAUAAUUUUGCAUUACUUUUUGACGUAUGAAUAUUUCAGAUUCUUUGAGGAAGAGGCAACGGACCCCCCUCCAUAUGAAGAGCACAAUGGCACAGCCAAAGAUUGUGACAAAAUAUUCGUUCCUGCGCAGAUCAUGGGAAAAAUUAUGGCGAUAGACUCACACCAUAAAAGAGUUCGAUUGGUGAACGCAUACAUGACGAGAAAGGGGGAAGUCCUACAAGAGAGGGAGAAGGGAUUAUAUCGUCAAAAACGCGCACUGGCUCAAAGGAUUCAAGGUGCAAAUGAUGAUAUCAGGAACAUUGAGAACACAUACUUGGAUACCAUUGGGAAUAUCUUAGAGAAUGCAAAGGAGCAUCGCUUCCGAUACUUUUUCAGAUUUGUAUUUAGUGACUACGGCUGGGAUGAGCCUGCGUACGUUGACAGGCAGCUUGCGGCAGUUGAGAAAAGAAAAUUGAAGCAUCUGGCAGAGGCUGUCCAACAUAGUCAUUCAUCCAAGAGUUGUAAAGCAGAGGGUGAUGCCAUGUCAGGGGAUGGUCUACUGGAUGUGCCCCACAUCUCACAAAGUGCCGUUGAAGCACUGCAGCAACCAGUGAACAGAAAUCCAGGACCACAGAAUGCCAUCAAUGGAUCCAAUUUGUAA